GUCCCCACGGUGUGGCAAGCCCAGGCACAGGAUGGCUAUUUUAUAGCUGGGGACCGUGGUGACGUAUAGCUGAGCGAGCUGGCACAGCUCCUCGUGGACCAGUCAGCGGAGCGAAAUUGAAGCUGACAAGACUUUUCUGGCAUUUUGGAAAGGACUGUAAUCUACUGUAGGGGAGAACAGAGCCGCUCAAUCACCGCCGCUGUAAAUAGGAGACGGAAGGGAGUGAGAAAGGAGGCGAAGAGAAAAAGUGCUUGCUGGGGGGGGAGGGGGGGCGGCAUUUUUGGUGGAUGGUAUGAAGCCAGCCAUGGAAACUGCAGCGGAGGAAAAUGCAGAACAAAGCCAAGAGAAAAAAGUGAUCACCAGACCAGAAAUGGAAAUUGGCAGGUACCACUGGAUGUACAGGAGUUCAAGGCCACACCGGUACCAUCAUGUGCCAGCAUUGAGAGGCAAUAUUAGUCCUUUGGGGAUUCAAGGUUGCUUUGAAUGUUGCAUUAAGUGCCUAGGAGGAGUGCCAUAUGCUUCGCUCGUGGCAACCAUUCUCUGCUUCUCGGGGGUAGCGUUGUUUUGUGGCUGCGGCCACGUGGCGCUCACGGGAACCGUGUCUAUCCUCGAGCAGCACUUCUCCACGACUGCCAGUGACCAUGCUUUGCUGAGUGAAGUAAUACAGCUAAUGCAGUAUGUAAUUUAUGGCAUUGCAUCAUUUUUCUUCUUAUACGGAAUAAUCCUUUUGGCGGAAGGUUUUUAUACAACAAGUGCUGUGAAGGAGCUGCAUGGAGAGUUCAAAACAACAGCCUGUGGCCGCUGCAUCAGUGGAAUGUUUGUUUUCCUGACCUACGUGCUUGGAGUGGCCUGGCUCGGGGUCUUCGGCUUCUCUGCUGUGCCUGUCUUUAUGUUCUAUAACAUAUGGUCAACUUGUGAAGUCAUCAAAUCUUUUCAGACAAAUGUGACGGUUCCAGGGGACCAGAUCUGUGUGGACAUCAGGCAAUACGGUAUUAUCCCUUGGAAUGCUGUACCUGGCAAAGCCUGCGGCCCAAUUUUAGAGAACAUCUGCAACACGAAUGAGUUCUACAUGUCUUAUCACCUGUUCAUUGUGGCUUGUGCUGGAGCUGGUGCCACUGUCAUAGCAUUGAUCCACUUCCUCAUGAUACUGUCUUCUAACUGGGCCUACUUAAAGGAUGCAAGCAAAAUGCAGGCCUACCAAGAUAUCAAAGCAAAAGAAGAGCAGGAGCUUCAGGAUAUCCAGUCUCGGUCAAAAGAGCAACUCAAUUCUUACACAUAAAUGUUUGCCACAGUAAUUCAGCAGAAGAGUUUUGUAGCUCUGACAAAUCAGCAAAUAGCUGCUCUGCAGUACAGAUGUGUUUCUACCAAACAAAAUUAGAGAGAAGUGUAAAAACUUCACAUUCCAGCUCCUGGAAAACUUGGUUAGGGAAAUCUUCCCAUGGGUAAUUUCCAUGCUUUCUAACAGAGAAUGGAGGGCUUAUUCCAGGCAUUUUAAAAGGCAACACUUUACAAAAAGUGACCAAAUUAUUCUUGAGACUUUUGGUAUUUAGUAUUUGAUUUGUUGUACAGCAUGACACCGUGCACAAAUGGCAGCAGGUGCCCCAGCCGAGCAGGCAGUAGAUCUGUGCAGACCUCAGGCACAYGCACGGUGUGUGACUGAGCACCUCCCAAAGGAACCUGUGUCCAGCUGGGAUUGGUGAGAGGAGCUCGUGUUUGUGUAUGGCASAGCUGCAGCACCUCCCAGGUUGCAGGGGGGCUGUUUGGGAACACCCCAUUCCUGGGCCACGGGAGCAGCUCCACUCCUGUGCCACACACAUCCAUGAGGAAGCUGUCACAUCCCUGUGCUCACCUGAGUGUUGCACAGAUGUCCCAAGUUUUAAUCAUCUGUUUAUUAACUAUCUAAUGGAAUGUAGAUCCCUGGAUCUGGAUAAUGAUCCCCUUCUUUGAAAAUAAAUGUCAGCUUUGCCUUAAUAUUUAUUUUCUAUAAAUGUCUUAGCAUUUAUAUAGUGGCAGGAGACCAUUAUCCUACAUUUUAAGUAAGUGAAAGUGUUACCUUAUUAAAAUGACACUGAUCUGACUAUUCCAAAUGAGCGGAUGAGAAAGUUUGCAGUUUUACACAAUGAAAUUUGCAGCCAUAAAAAUAAUACAGGAUGUCCACCUUUCUCUAUCUUGGUGCUUAGCAAAUUUAUAGUCAGUGCUUAUGUGUUUUCCUUUUUACAAAUUAAUUAGCACACUAAGAAAACGUGGUGUUCAGAAAAAAAAMCAACAACAAACAAACUGGUGCCAUUUUAAAGUCAUUUCCCAUAGAAGUCUGCCUUCUAAUUAAUGUUUUUUUCAGAAGCAUUCAGUGAUAUCUUGAGUAUUAGUGAUGGUAUAUUUGGUGUUUGUUCUAUAUGAUAUAUAUAUAUAUAUAUAUAAAUGUUGGGGGGGAAAGUAAAAAUACAUCAUUCAUUUGAAAAAAUUAAAUAUUCAAGUCAUACCCCUGCUAAGCUGACGUGUGGUUUGGUAGUUUUGACUGUUUGCUAAAUAUACAUCAAAGGAAGCACAAAUUCCUUCAAAUCAGUAUUAAGAGAAAAGGCAUUUUUGGGGGGGUAUUAACAUCAAAUAUAAUUUCUUUUGUUAAAUAUUGAAGUCUAAUUUGACAGUUUCAAAAAAGGGGCAAAGUUGAUUGAUGUAGAGCAAAUAUGACAAAAUAGCCUAGUGUAUGUUCUUACCUGUUGCAUGAAGGAGACAUUUCUACAGCAAUGCAGGUGAUGUUCUAGCCCAGUGUUUGCAUAAGGGUAAUAAUGGAGGCAGUGUCUUAAAGCCUAAUUCUUUUCUAAUUCAGUGUAGCUAUUACUGGGAGUUUUUGAAGUUUUGUUUAAGUAGUCUAAUAUUUUUAUGUAAAGAGCAUUAAAUUUUGCUAUGUAUAAAUUUUUGUAACCUAACAGUGAAUCAAUAUUUUCUAUCAGUGCCAAGGGCUUCCUGUAGUUACAUCCAAGUGUUAAAAUAAAUAUUUGUAGAUAAUAGACAACACUUGUGUAUGCUUAUUUGAAACCAGACCUACAGCUACUCCAUGGCAGUGCAUCUUUAGGCUUUAUGUCUCUAUCCGAAGUGAAACAUUUCUGUUCCGUAGCUCCCCUGCCCUCCUGCAGGUGCAGCUGCAGCAGCAGCUGUGUGCAGCAUGCAGUAGUGGUAGUUGUUCCAGGCCAGCAUAAUGCAACAAGCACUACCCCUUCCCAACACUGAACAGCAGCAGCCUCUCAGAAAUUCUGUAAAGGCCAGAGCGGCUGCAAUGGCAAAUUAAGCAGCAUGUAAAAUUAGAGUAGCCACCACAUCACAUUCUAGCUUCAUUUCAAAAAGCAAAGUUUGUAUCUGUCACAGUUUUGGUACGUUGUGUUUCAACAUCCAGUGAAUUCAAGACAGAACUUUGUUUUUUGCCCCUAAAUUCUGUCAAACUCGGCUUCAUGUUCUUGUAGUUAGGUCAAGAUGAGCAGCCUCAAAUGCAGUGCAAGUUGUAAUAUAUGCUGCCACCUAAAAUUACUUCAUUGAUAAAAACUACUGUAUUUUAUACUGUAAAUAAAGUUUAAUGAUCUUGCCUAUAAUCUACCUACAAAAUACAAAGCUUAAAUAAAGAUGAGUUAAAUAGCAUUUUUAUUUUAAUCUCUCC